AUGCCGAAGUCAGCGAGAAAAGGCGGCCAUGGAGGAGGCGGCAUCACCAAACCCGACCCUUACGCUGGGGCGACAGCACGCAAGAACAAGGCCGCAGCCAAAUCCGCAGCGGCGAACAACAUCUUCAAGAUGAACACGGACAUUGGUCAGCACAUUCUCAAGAACCCGGGAGUGGCGCAGGCCAUUGUAGAUAAGGCGGAUGUCAAGCAGUCGGAUAUAGUCCUCGAAGUAGGUCCCGGUACCGGCAACUUGACGACAAGAAUAUUGGAGAGGGCAAAGAGGGUCAUCGCGGUCGAGCAAGAUCCUCGCAUGGCCGCAGAAUUGACCAAGCGAUUUCAAGGGACACCGGCGGGCAAGAAGCUGGAACUGGUGCUUGGGGAUGUGAUCAAGAUGGAGAAAUUGCCCUAUUUCGAUGUUUGCAUCUCGAACACCCCGUAUCAGAUCUCAUCGCCUUUGACGUUCAAACUACUGGCUACAAGUCCGUCACCAAGGAGUUGCGUACUCAUGUUCCAGCGCGAAUUUGCAAUGCGCUUGUUCGCGAAGCCGGGUGAUAAGCUGUACAGCAGGUUAUCUGUCAAUGCGCAGAUGUGGGCCAAGGUGGAUCACGUCAUGAAAGUGGGCAGGAACAAUUUCAACCCGCCUCCGCAAGUGGAAUCGAAUGUGGUGAGAAUCUCGCCGAAGAAUCCGAGGCCGCAAAUCAGCUAUGAUGAGUGGGAUGGGUUGUUGCGUGUGUGCUUUGUUCGAAAGAAUAGAGUCCUACGAAGUGGAUUCCUGGGGACGAGUAGUGUCAUGGCGAUGCUGGAGUCGAAUUACAGAACCUUUUGCGCACAAAACGACAUUCCACUUGACGAUGGUCCUGUAGAGAAUGGUGCAGACGACGAUGACGUGGACAUGGAUGCGGGCGCAGAGGACGCGGAACUGGAAGGCAUAAUGGACCUCGAUGACGAGGACGAUGUUCCAGACUUCUUCAAAGAGGAGGCAGACAAAAAGGCGAAGAAGCUACGAGAUAAUCCGAAUCGCAAGAGAAAGGGCAAAGUCGCGGAAUUGGUGCGGAGCAAAGUCAAGAAAGUGCUAGAGCAGGACACAGAACUCGCAGAGAAGCGAGCCAGACUGUGUGACGAAGGCGAUUUUCUGAAAAUGCUGUAUGCUUUCAAUCAGGAGGGCAUUCACUUUGCUUGA